GAUUUAAGGAUUAAUUUUUGCUAGGAUUACGUAUUAGUAACUAUACUUCCUAAGGCAUAGCAUUUUGUUGCUGCAUAGAGUUAUAUGCCGUGAAUAUUCACAUGAAAUUGAGGUAUGUUCUCGCAAUGAAGAACUUAUUGUGAUUUGCGAAGAUUUUCUUCCCAAACAACUUAAACUUUUAUUUGGUAAAUUACAUAUCUAUAACCAACAGAACUGAUCAUACUUAAGGUCUGUCUUUUUGUUUGAUUUAGAAGAUAUCUUUAGACUUUAGGUGUUCCAAUCAAAGAUUUAUGGUACUUUACCUAAUGGCUGACACGCGCUGUUCAUACCAUACUCCAGGAAUUGGUAAACUUCCUCAGGAACUUAGGACAUCUCGUGUGAUACGUCGGUCUCCUGUUCAAGAAGUUUUGGAGUUCACUAGACAGAGCUUAUCUGCCAUAGCAUUUAAUAGUCAGAAAAGAUCUCAUGCUUCAUUGCAUCUUCCCAGAGCGGUCAGUGCACCUCCAGGGCUUUCUGUGAAAUUGAGUGCAUCUGAGAAAAACAAACAAGGGGAAAGAUUGUUGCAAAGAAAGCAGCAUCUUGCUUAUUCUCGCUCAGCAAAAAAUAAAUCCAAUAUCAUACCCCAUCGCCAGGACUAUGGUUAUUACAUUGCUGGAUCAAGUAUGACACUUUCUUAUAGAUAUGAUAUUGAUGAUGAAGAAUUGAUUAGAUUACAAUUAUUAGCACAGAGAAGAAUUGGAGGAAGCAGUAGAGCAAGUUCAGUGAACAGCUCCCUGGUGAAUUACAGACGUGUUACGUCUAAUGGUGUACGCCCUGGAUUCCUGAGUUCUGUUGGUGAGACUGCCACACCAUUAACACCAAGUGCAGCUCAACUUGCCACACCAUUAACACCAAGUGCAGCUCAACUUGCCACACCAUUAACACCAAGUGCAGCUCAACUUGCCUCACCAUUAACACCAAGUGCAGCUCAACUUGCCACACCAUUAACACCAAGUGCAGCUCAAUUUGCCACACCAUUAACACCAAGUGCAGCUCAACUUGCCAAACCAUUAACACCAAGUGCAGCUCAACUUGCCUCACCAUUAACACCAAGUGCAGCUCAACUUGCCACACCAUUAACACCAAGUGCAGCUCAACUUGCCACACCAUUAACACCAAGUGCAGCUGUGUUAGCAGAAAAGAGAAAGAAUAUUUUAGAGCGAAGACAGCAACUAGAAGAUGGUCGUUUGAGGCGCAAAGAACUACGUAAGAAGGGAAAAAACGCUCAAAAAAUACGUUUAGAGGAGAGAAUGAAGUUCGAAAAGGAAAUGGAGGAGAGAUAUCGACCCAAAAUCCCGGAAAAGAAAAGUUUGAUUUUUCUCGCUGACCAAGAGGAUAUGAAAGCAACUGUUAAGGAGAGAAUACUUUUGAAAUACUUCACCAAUGAUGAUGAUAGCGAGGAGUCGGUUAAACCACUUGUAAACGAUGAACAGAGAGCGGUUUUCGCAAAUAUUUUUGACGAAAUAGACCUCAACCGAGAUGGCUGGAUUGACAUGAAAGAAUUCAAAGGGAAACUUUGCUCUAUGGCUACUAAAGAUCAACUGAAACAAUUACUCCAGGUAUUUGACGUGAAUCGCGACAGUUUUGUAGAUAAGAGAGAAUUCGUCGUAAUUUGUGCACUGAACGACAAACUUCGCGGCUCAAGAACUGAAAGUGGCACGACUUCGUUAGAACUUAACAUACAAAGACUAGCAAAUUUUCUUAUUAUUUACAAGGAGUUAUUUGAUAUCAUCGAUGAAGAUGGAGACGGGAAAGUUCAAGUAGACGAAGUAGUGCUUUUGGUGAAAACCGCUGUGCAAGCAGAUAACAGUCUCUGCGAAGAGAAAAUCAUGAUGGAGUUGGGUAUCAUGGAGAAAGAUGAGAAAGGUUGCAUCGACUUCAUUACCUUUAUAUACAAUGUCUCGCUCUUUUCGCGAUUAUUUCGUGUUGUGAUGGAUUCGCCACUUUCCGUUAGCAAUCUUGAAGAUGUACGAGAUCGUGUUCUUCGCAAACACUCCAGAAAAGCAAGUGGAAACACAUAGUAAAGAAACAAAUAGUUUAAAAAGGCAAGUGGGAACAGAGAAUAAUGAAAAAAUACUCCAAAAAAUAUAUAGGGGAAGCGUAGGCCAUUGAAACCAUGGAAACUAGUUGCGCGUUAGCCUGCGUCAUGUGGUUUAUGGCGUUGGCUAGUUACGCGUUUGUUCAUGAAAAAAGUGGUUAGGAUCUAGUAAACCACAUGGUCCAUUGUCAAAGAAUUUUGUGAAGACAAGUUUUUCACCAGGUGAAAAAUGCUGUCGGAAAAUGAAAAAUGAAACCUUUUUACAAACGAUUUAGCACACUUGAAAAAUUUCCUAGUUUCUGCGCAAACCUUGUUGUGACAGCUUUGUCUACUGCGUAGAAACAAUUGUUUGUAUUCUGAAAAGCAAAUUUUUGGUCGUAAAUCAGGCAUUUCUUGUUGCGCAAAUUAUUUAGAUAUGAAGCCAAUAUCUAAAUUUACAUCGUUGGCGAAUUCAGAUGAAUUGAAAUGCUUGAAAUUACAAAAGCUUAAAAUUCCUCGUGAUUUAAUGCAUAAAAAAUUCAUUACUUUUACAUAUUUAACAACAGUUUUUCAAACGUACAUUUGUGUGAGAAUUAUUAAAUUAAUAAAAUUACGGAUGACGUAGCCAGCUCGUUUGUUUCCUCGUGCUAUGUAAACAUUUCUAUAUUCACUCACUGUAAAUUCGAGUCAAUAGAUUUCUCGCGAAAUAAAUGACAAUGAUCAGAAUUUUACAUAGCAUUAACAAACCUUCGGGCUAGCUACUCUAAUCUUUGCAAAUUUUUGUGCGGGUCAA